AUGACCUCCUGGGAUCAGAGAAUUUCCUCUUUUUUAUUGAGUCCAACUCAGUUUUUGUCCUGCACCACCUCUGAGAGUUUUUUAGCUGAACUUCUUGACAAACUGAGGGAUGACAAAGCAAAUGACAGUAAGAAGAUACUCCUGCUGUCUGUAUUAUUGGAGCAUCCCACGGUCCUUUGCCCGACCACGUCAGCGGGAGAGGAGACAGCGCAGGAGCUCGUGUCGAUUCUCAACUUUACUCCACAGAAAUCCUUCAGUCUAAAGUGCCACCUCAUGCUGGCUAUCACCAAUGUUUUGAUAUGCACAUUGUGCCUGGCCAACCGAACGAAAGUCGCUGAGGACUAUUUGAACUUUCUGUUUAUGUUGAUUCAGGACACAAACGAUAACGCGGGUGGUCCGACUCUCCACUCAGUCCGAGCCACCGCUUGCGAAAGUCUUAGGGAAAUGGAGAACUGCCAACCGGGCCUUCUGUCACAAAAGCUAGAGGCUCUUUAUUAUUUUAAGCAGCAGGAAACCACCGUUCUGCAUCAGUCGUACUGCACCCUCUAUACACAGGCUCUCAAGAACGCAAUCCAGCUUUUGACCCAACAAAAAGAUGUGGAUAAUGCUAAGCUUAGGAGCGUCUUAGCCGGAAACGAAGGCUUUGCGUGGAAAUCUGCCAGGUUUGGAAAGUCCAUGCUGUCUAUAAGCAUGGCGCAAGUUCCACAGCUGCCGACGACGCUGGAUUUCAAAGAGCUGAAGUCCAUAAUGUCCUUGCUCUUGGAGGAGUCCUAUUUGAUGACAUCUCCCUCGCAGGCCGCCUUGCUCCGAGGACUUGUAGAGAUGGUGGCGAUGGUACCAGGCAUCUCUCCGGCCAUAUUCAAGUCUCAGUUGCUCAGGCUUUUCGGAACGACCGAGGUGGAGCUGAUGCACGCCACACUGUUUAUGAAAGGUACGUUCACUGAUAGCCUCUUCACUGCCGAGGAUGAACAUUUCUUGCUCAAGCGUCUUGUAGGAAUGGCGCAACAUCCCCUACUGAGAACUCCCGAGAAGCUCUUUUACAUGGACUGCAUUCUUCACUUUCCCGAGAACAGACCGAUCUCUAGCAGUGGAGAGGAGUGCUUGCCUGUCCUCAUCACGCCUCAGCUUACUCUAUUCCUCUUCCCUACUGUGUUCAACGACAGCACCACAAUGCUUUGUAGACUAAACCUUCUCUGCCUGGUACACCUCGAGGCAAAUGAAGAAGAGGAUGGCCAAGGUCUGGGAUAUUUGAUCAAUCAUGUGAUGGCUCUGCUCAGAAUUGUAGACAAUCACGGCAGCAGGGAAAUGGUAGUGACAUCUUUCAAAGCGAUUUUCAUUUUCCUCCUGCACUUCAACCACAUGGAGAACCUUUCCGAAAAAAUUGUCCACCGGUUACGUGAGCUGUAUUCCAGAAACUGUCACCUUGCGCCAAAUCUGAUCAAUCUCACUGAUCGAAUCCAGGAACACUUAGAGGAUUCGCUUUGGUCGGUCCGGUUGUUGAAAGCUCUUCAAUUGUGCAUUGUGGAAAUGCCUCCUUUGCAACUCACCCUUCAGAGUUUGGGUUGGCAUCUUAAAAUCUUGGCUCGAGUGGCACAGGAGAGUCAGAUCACCCAGAGAAGUACCAUCUGCUUCCUUCUCGACAUCCUUGUCAAUUCCAACCUUUGUGAAAGGAGGAGCUGGCACGUCGGCACUGCCAUUCUGGCGGUAUGCCGCAACUUGCUCCAGCAUCCGACGCUGAAUCAGAUGUUCAUUGAACUGGCGGAUCUCCUGCAGCACAUGUCCAGACACUAUGAGGACAGAGACAUUCAAGACCACGCUCGGUUCUACUACACCCUUCUUACCAACUUGUCCUGGGAAAAACUUGCUGGCAUCCUCGCCAAAGCCCCCAUAGGAGGACAGACAAAAGUCCGAUCGUUGUCAGCCAUCACUGCAAGUGAAGACCUUGGCAGUUGUUUGACAGUUCUUCAGACUGAGAGUUGUGUCCUUCAGCUUACAAAGAUUCACAAAAAUGGCUCUCAGGAUGCAGUUCCAAGUACAGAAGUCCUGACUGAGAAGGACUUGUAUGAGGUUUACCAAGAGCAACUCAAAACCCCAGGCUUUGCCUCAGAGGUCACUUUGAGGUACACCCUGACUCACGCAAAUGCUACGGAUCCUAGAUUCGAUCGAAUCUUCACCAUAUGCCUGCAUUUUGACGUCAACACGUCGCACUAUGCAAAAGUGAACGACAUCUAUGUACCGUGCCUUUUCAGAGACAGGAAGCCGCAUCAAGUCAGCGUGACGCUGAAGCCGUAUCACCCGUACCCAACGAGUUUACAAGUGAGCGCCAUUUUCACUACGGAAGACGGCCAGUCUUGGCACACUCAUCUCCCCAAUGUUAAAGUGUCGUUCCCUGAGAUAUUUCUGCCCGUGCCUUUACCGCUAGGUACAUCACUUCAGCGCAAAGAGGAUGUGUUUGAUCGGAUUUGGGACUCUAUAUCCUCAGGGGAACCUAGCACUUCAGAGACGAGCCUGUUUUGUUUUAAGACUGGAAGUGACACUCUAGCGGAUCUGAUUACGAAGAAUUUCCAGGGCUAUGUGAUUUCACAAGAACUAAAUGUGUGGAAGGUCCUAUUUUUCCUUCCACCUCUUUUUCACGUUUUAUUGACGAUCAGAGAGGGUGAGGACGCUGUUCAAGUCAGCAUUGCAACAGACAACUGGGAACUGCUGCCUCAUGUCAACUCCUACUUACAAAACAUAACAGCACAGUGUAACACAACAACUGAUGACAGCUGAUGAGUUGAGGACCCGUUCUGGGAUACGCUGUUAGGCAUGUGCUGAAUUUUAAUUGAAUUAAUUGAAUAUGCAUUUUUAUCAUGUUUGUAUUACAAUUGAUUGCAUUGAAUUAUAUUUUGAUGUGUUUGCUUCAAAGGUAGCUACAUACAAAACUAUGUAAAGUCCAGAAUUAUGUAUAUUGAAGUAAAUAACUGAAACUGCUG